CUCUAAACGGCCUUGAACUUCACAAGGUCGUAACAACCCAUUUUCCACUGUACAGUUUUCUUGGGACAACCCAGGCUUCAAGGUUCACGGUGGGGGAUAAACAAACCAUGAACGUGAAAUCUGGGUUGUUCCUUAAAAACUGUAAAGUAGAAAAUGGAUUGUUGCAAAGGUGCCUGUGAAAUACCCCCUGUGAACUUGGUGUCUAAUCUCAGCCAUCACGUGUCACCCUGAAAAAUUAAGCACAGACUGAACAGCCAAUCUAACCAAGACACUAUGUUCUGCUAUGUUCCUUCCGGGGUCAUGUUAGUAGUAAAACAGAACAAGCAACAGUGAACAAAUGGCCAGACCAAGGUUGAUAGUGUUUGAUUUAGAUUACACCUUGUGGCCGUUUUGGGUGGACUCACAUCAUGAUCCCCCUUUCGUAAAAAGAUGUGAUGGGCGGGUGUAUGAUCGGCAGGGGCAGGUGGUCUCCUUCUACCCAGAUGUACCACGGGUGCUCCAACGCCUCCAUUCUGAGGGUUACAUGUUGGCUGUGGCUUCACGAUCAAGAACCCCUCCUGAGGCACAUGAAUUGUGUCAUCUGUUUGACUGGGACAGAUACUUCACAUAUAAAGAAAUCUACCCUGGAUCUAAAGUCAAACACUUUGGAAGGUUUACGAUGGCAAGUGGCAUCCCUUAUGAAGACAUGCUGUUCUUUGACGACGAGCAAAGAAAUAUUAUUGAAUUGAGGAGUAUAGGUGUGACCAGCAUCCUUGUCAGUGAUGGUGUUACAGAAUCCUUGAUCAAAGAAGGACUAGAGACAUUUCAAUUCAACCGACAACAGCAUGGAUAACUAUCUUACCUAGUUUUUACAAGUUUACUUGAGAAUGAAGCUUAUCAACAUUAAGGCUUAAUGUAUGUUAAUGAUUGAAGGUUAAAGGUCACAUGCAACAAAAAAAACAAAACAUAAUUAAAACACAACUAUCACUUAUUCAUGACAUAUAAUAUGCAUUGCCGAUUAUGAAAAAUUAA